AUGGUUCGGGAAACCAGACACCUUUGGGUGGGAAACUUACCCGAACACGUUCGAGAGGAGAAAAUUGUGGAGCAUUUUAAACGGUAUGGACGUGUGGAGAGUGUUAAGGUCCUGCGGAAGCGGGGGUCAGAGGGCGGCGUCGCAGCCUUUGUGGAUUUUGUGGAUAUCAAAAGCGCUCAAAAGGCUCACAAUGCCGUCAACAAGAUGGGAGACAGGGACCUUCGGACUGACUACAAUGAACCUGGGUCAGUUCCAAGUGCUGUUCGGGGCCUUGAUGACAGCUCCCCCUCGAGCAGUCGAGACGUUACGGGAUUCUCUAGGGGAACAGUUGGACCUGUGUUUGCCCCCCCUGUGUCCCUUCACACCAGAGAGGGACGUUAUGAACGGAGAAUAGAUGGUAGUUCAGAAACCCGCGAACGUGCAUAUGACCACACACCAUAUGGACACCACGAGCGCAGUGGCACUUUUGAGAGACAGCGGCACUACAACGCGGACUAUUACAGGGAGCGCUCUUUGUUUGCUGCUGCCGGUCCAGGGAGCAGUGCCAUCAGUGGAAGCUUCGAAGCAUCAGAUCCUCAUUUUGACUCUAGAAUUCGAGACCCCUUUUCUCUUACGACUGCCACACGUCGUGACUUCUACAGAGAUGACAGAGGACGACGCGUUGACAGAACGUACCAUCACCGUCGCAGCCGAUCGUCCCAUUCGUCCCAAUCUCGACACCCUUCCCCUCAGCGGACAACUGCGCAAACAUCCAAAACUGCUCAUUCCCCUAAACGAGUUCCUCUGUCCCCUGGGAGAGUUCCACGAUCACAGUCCCGCAGUCGAUCUUCAAGCUCUGAUUCUGUGAGCAGCACCAGCAGUACAGGCAGCGGCAGUGAUUCCAACAGCAGCUCAAGUGAUGGAUCACGAGCACGUUCUGUUCAGUCGUCGGCUGCACAUGCACCUCCUCAGUCUUCAAUGGUGCUGGACUCGGACGAGCCACGGAGAAGCUUUGGGAUUAAAGUGCAAAACCUACCAGCAAGAUCAACCGAUACAAGCUUAAAAGACGGACUAUUUCAUGAGUUCAAGAAGCAUGGUAAAGUUACAUCCGUGCAGAUCCAUGGGGCGUCAGAGGACCGCUAUGGCUUGGUGUUCUUUAGACAGCAAGAGGAUCAAGAGAAAGCCCUUAGUGUCCCGAAAGGAAAGCUGUUCUUUGGCAUGCUGAUAGAAGUCACAGCCUGGAAUGGACCUGAAACGGAGAGCGAGAAUGAGUUCAGACCCCUGGAUGGCCGGAUAGAUGAAUUCCACCCUAAAGCAACAAGAACAUUAUUUAUUGGCAACCUUGAAAAGACAACCAGCCGUGAACAACUUUUUGAAAUAUUUCAGCGCUUUGGCGAAAUUGUCGACAUUGACAUUAAGAAAAUAAAUGGAGUUCCUCAGUAUGCAUUUGUGCAAUAUUCUGAUAUUGCAAGUGUUUGCAAGGCCAUUAAAAAAAUGGACAGCGAAUAUCUUGGGAGCAAUAGAAUAAAGCUUGGUUUUGGCAAAAGUAUGCCUACAGCGUGUGUUUGGCUUGACGGACUCACAACAAAUAUCACAGAGCAAUACCUCACACGGCAUUUCUGUCGCUAUGGACAUGUUGUCAAGGUUUUAUUUGACAGAAUGAAAGGGAUGGCCCUCAUCUUCUACAACAACACAGAUUUUGCUCAGACUGCUGUAAGAGAGACCAAAGGCUGGAAGAUUGGAGGCAGCAAAAUUAAGGUGGACUUUGCAAGUCAAGAGAGCCAAAUGGCAUUCUUCAGAGCUAUGCAGACAUCUGGUCAAGACAUUAGAGAGCUUUAUGAAAUUCCUCCUGAACGACGGGAGGAUCGUAGGCCCCUGUACCAUGAAUUUACAGCAGAGAGGGCAUACUAUGAAACCAUACGCACGCCUGGUCUUUACACAGAGGAUGCCAGGAGAGAAUAUGCAGCUCGCAGUAGAGACCGUUUCCCUGAAUUGGAACACUUUCAGGGGGAACAUUAUGACCCACGCUACCAUGAAGAUCCGCGGGACUAUAGGGAUUACAGAGAUCCCUUUGAACAAGACAUUAGAAAAUACACAUACAUUCAAAGAGAACGAGAACGUUUUGAAGCUGACCGAAGCAGAUGGAGUCCCUCUCAUCAUCGGCGGCCUAUUACUCCUGCAGUAUCACCAUCACCAACUGAACGUACACCUAGAGAGUCGGAGAGACGAGUUUACAGCCAGUCAUCUGAAAGAAGUGGCAGUGUCAGCUCACUCUCACCCCCACACUUUGAAAAGUCUGAAAAGACUUUGCAAGAACAUGCCUCAAAAAGUGACAAGAGUGAAAAGAGCAGUCAACCUGACAGAGUGGUGGGAUCUGAGAAAACCAAGCGGACCAAACGAAAAGAGAAAGGUGACAAAGCAGAGAGAGUAAAAUCAAGGAAAUCGCCAUCAAAUCCUCUACCAGACACUGAUCAUGGUUCUGCUGUGGAAGUAGGCACUGGAAGAGGAAAGGGAACUGAUCAAGAUGCUCAAGAUAGGCAAAAAUUUAAAGGCGAUAAUGACUGUACCACUGGGAAUCAGUUCUCAAUUUCUCACCAAGACUCGCUAAAAAGCGAAAAAUCUGAAACGGCUAAAGUUGAUAAUUCUGAAAUAGAUGGGAAAAAUCGACUCAAAAAACAUCUUAAGCCCGAGACCGUAAAUGAUGGGAAAGAUUCAUCAGUGGAUUCAGAUCGCAUCGUUGGAAGAAAAAGGCACUUUGCCGAUUCAAGUGGAAGGACUGUUAAUCAAAAGCGAAACAGGCUUGAAGAAGAGGAUUGUCAAUCGCAAGACCCUGUUGCAAUUUCGCAGUCCGGGAAAGAGUUGGACUCUGAUAAACACAAAGAUGCCCAACGGAGGGAUUCAAGAUUCAAAAGUGGAACUCCGAAGGACAUUCAAGAGGACACUAAAGUAACACGUGUAAAAUUAGAGGCUUCGCUGGAUGCUUCUGAAUCAAAACGACUUUCAUCCCGAAGAUUUUCACAGGAAGGACCUGUAGAUCCAGCCUCCUUGCGAGAACAGGAACAUAGUACAAUUUUCAAAUUUAGUGGUCAAGUGGCUGAAACUGUGAAGAGCUCAAAGAUUAAGGAAGAGCAUGUUGAUAUUGACUUGUCUCAGAGUUACCGUAAGCAGAUGGAGCAAAAUAGACGGUUACAUCAGCAGCAACAUCGAGAAUCUGACAAACCUGGAAAACCUGACAAACUGGGAAGUCCACAGGAAAGUGAAAGUGAGGAUUUGGAACACCGCAGCCUUGUGCAUGAAGUAGGCAAGCCCCCUGAGGAUGUCACAGAUAAUUUCCCAUCUCAUAAACAAAAGAAACAAGACCAGUUUGAUACUGACGGAAUUAAGAGGGAGCGUGUCUAUAGGAGCUUCAGACAAAAAAGUGAAGAUUCGGAAUGGAAUAGCACUUCCUCUCCGGGACACCCAUUUUCCCACAGUACAGAUGAGAACUUUGAUCAUGCUCAGAAAGUGCUUGUCAGAAACGAAAAAAUUAACUCCGAUAUGGAGCUCCUUGUCAAAAGGACUCACAAUACACAUGGGAACAAUUCCAACACACUUCAUAUUGAUGAGGAUCAACAAAAGAGAUGGGAAAGCAGGGUGAAGCAAAGCAUGCUACCCGACCUUAACUUUUCUAGAAAUCUAAAUAAAAAUGUUCACAACAACAAACGUUUGGAAUAUGGCAUGUGGCAUGAUAUAGAGCCAGGGGAGGUAAGAUCAGACUCUGAAGAGGAUCGAGAAGCCAAACCCCGUUCUCCUGUGGCAUCUACUUCAAAAUCUUUUUCAGAAAGGCCGAGGGCAAGUGAGAGAUUUUCUGACCCAAAAAUCGCACACCUUGAAAGAAAUAAAUUCUACUCUUUUGCACUUGACCAGACCAUCACACCAGAUACAAAGGCUCUGCUUGAGCGUGCAAAAUCUCUCUCAUCUUCUAGAGAGGAUAACUGGUCCUUCUUAGAUUAUGAUUCUCACUUUGCAAGUUUCCGCAACAGAAAAGAUACAGAAAAAAUAGAAUCAACUCCACGACCUACACCUUCAUGGUACAUGAAAAAGAAAAAGAUCCGAAGUGGAUCUGAAGAUAAACUUGAUGAUCGAAAGGAGGAGCCAAAACCAGAGGAACAAGAACGAAGAGAGUUGUUUGCUUCUCGCUUCCUUCACAGUCCUGUUUUUGAGUUGGACUCUAGACGACUUCAACAUCUUGAACGAAAGUAUGAAGAAGCUGAGCAUAGUCAAAACCAGCAAAGUAAUCAGCAAGGAACUAAUGAUGGUGAACAAGACUCAGGCCCAGUGGUUCUUUUCCAUAGUCGUUUUUUGGAACUUACAAGACUGCAACAACAAAAAAAUAAAACUCAACCACAAGAAGUGACAGAGGAAGUCAAAGUUGAAAAUCCAUCCACAGAUGACCCACAAAUGUUACAAUCGCCUGAAACUAAAGACUCUGUCAGUGAGCCAGAAAUUAAGCCUAUCAGUCCUGCUGAAGAGUUGGUGUCUGAACCCAGGGUAACACCCCCACUGUCACAGUCUGUGCUAAAAGACUUUCCUCCUAUGGAACAGACAUUUCAAUUACCUGUCGAGUCGGCUCCUCUUGUGGUUUUUGUCAAACAAGAAAUUGAAAUUAACCAAUCACCUGUGCAUUAUCCACCAGCUGAGACCACACCUGAUUCAGAAGAGGCAUCUUUCAAAAAAGAAGCAAAUUACCCAAAGGAUAGUUAUCUUUCUGCUUCUGAAAUAAAAGAGGAUGUUCCAGAAGAUGUCAAACCUUGUGCAGAAGAGCACGUUAACUUAAAUUUGCAAGGGUUGUCCAAUAGUUCAGAACCAGAGCUUGAUUCUGAAGCAACACAGCCCGAAGUCCCUCCAGCUUUAAGUUCUACCCUACCUAGUCAUGACGAGUGUAGUGAUUUAGUAAAGAAAGAGACGUAUUGCUCCACUUUAGAGCCUGAGGAAGAAAAAACACUUAAAGUUUGUAAAGAGUCAAGUGAUGACACUAACAUUGAGGGGGAAAUUGUCAACAAGGAAAAUAAAACAAAAGAAAUGAAAACUAAAAAGGUCAAACCAUCCCCACCUGAAGUUUCCGCGACUACUUUAUCUGUAUCAACUCCUGAAAAACGAGCUACACGAAAAAGUGAGCGGAUUGACAAAGAAAAACUUAAACGGGGUUCCUCUCCAAGAGCAGAUUCUAAGUCGACAGCCAAAUCUCCUCUUCAUGGCUCUGAUGCUGAUGUCUCGGAGAUGAGCAUAUCAUCAGGCAGAGCGAGACGUAGGAAUGUGAAAUCUGUGUAUGCCACUCCAGUUGACGAUGAUGUGCCUAUCCGUAUACACGAAUCCCCACGUUCUGCAAGAAAACGAGGCACAGAUAAGGAUUCUACACAGCAGCAGAACAGUGAGCAAGAUUUACCUGCUCCGCCCACAGCUGCACGAGGCAGGCCCCCCAAGAAUCGUAGGCAGUGUGAGGAUUCUUCAGCAGUUAAAAUAGACAAAACAAAAAUGGAAAAUAAAGACACUGAAUCAAAUGAGUCUGAUAGCUGUGAAAGAAUCCAUAGGAAUCUAAAAGGAAAAUCCUCCCCCAGUGUUACAAAAUUGUCAACUCAGUUGUCUACGGCUCAACUAUGUGGAUCAAUAAAAAAAGGAGAAAAAUCAGAGUUGACUGAGGGCAAUGAUCAGGAAAUGGACUGCACUGAUGAUAACUCCUUGACUUUGGUAGACUCAGUAAAAGAACAGCAGUCACCUAAAGUUGACCAAAAGAGAGAGGAAAAAGAAAAGCACAAAAGAGAAAUGGUCAAAGAUGACUCUUUAAAUGAAAAGAUUUAUGAAGGUAAAUCAAAUGGUAAAGAUGAUUAUCCCCUUGUGUCAGAAGAAAAAAACAGUUUGGAAAAAGUUAAAGGAAAAGGCAAGUUACCAAGGACACCAAAGUCUCCUGUUCUCAAAAACCUUAAAAUCAGGCUAAAUGUAAAAGACGUGAAAGAUCAUGUUAUCAAGUGCACCAGUAGAGAGGCAAACACUGAAGAAAGUGACAUUUCUUCUGAUAAAAAGGAACUUCUGGAAACAUCAAAAAGCCUAAGUUCGCAUGAGAUGGAAUUAGAGCAGGCUGUAGAGAACAUCGCCAAACUCACAGAUCCAUCUUUUCCCAGAGAACCGCAAACGCUAACUGGCCCAAUCACAGACUUGAAAAGUUUCUCCGAUGAAGAAAAGCCUAAUCCAGCUAGUGAAACAGAACUUAUUGCUGCUAUUGACUCCAUCACUGCUGAGGAUGGAGCUGUCGCUUUAUCUCAAGCACCACCAAUAGGUGUUGAUAUACCAUCAGAACCAGAGAUACAAGACCCGGUUCAACAUCCCAAGGAAGACGAGCCUGAAAUAAAUACAGUUAACAUCCAGGAUGAGCCUUUCUUACCAGCCACACCCAAAAAGAGCGCCAAGGGAAGACCUAAAACACUUAAACGUCCUAAAGUCCAAAAACAAGCACGGAAAGAUUCAAAAGAACAACCUCCGCUAAGUGACGAGACAUCACAUCUAUUAGUUCAGAACACAACGUCCAGUGCAAAUGUGGUCCCAGAAAUUAUUCCAUCAGCAGCUACUGCUGCUGUAAUUACUCCUACAACGUGGAAAUCAGAACAAGAGCCAUCAACUCUCAAGGCACCUGAUGUGAAAGUAGAGCCAGAGUCACCCAGUGAAGAGCAGGUUCAACAUAUCAAAACUGUUUACCCCCAGUCCAAAAGUCCAGUGGUUCCAAAGCCACAAUCACCCUCCCUUUCACCAUUAGCAUGCAAACCAAAUAUUAAACCCAUUCAAAACAGUAGAGCUCCUGUCUCGCCACCAGAUUGGCGCCGUCACUCAAUUGAUACUGGGGUUCCUUCUUUAUCAACCUUGCCAUUAGCACCCAAGGAAAACCCGCCUUCACCAGACUCGGAAAAUGUGGAGAUUGAUCGAGGCCCAAGCGAUCUGAGACAGAUUCUUCUAAAACACAAAACUGUUUCUCUGCCAGGGAGCAGUUAUGUUCCCACAAUUCUGCCUACAGCCCAAGAUCAGAACCUCAGUGAGCAUAACGCUAUGUUAACAGGUAUGCCAAAUAAGUCACCACUACCCGAUUGUAGAAUUUCAUCUCAGUCUGUUCGAACACCAGCUACAAUACCAUCUCCUGAGACCAAAUCUGUGAUAUCUGUCAUUGCAUCCACUGGACUGCAUUCCUCUGUUAUUAGUCGUCUAUGCAACCCUCAUGAGCAUGAAGACAAAGUGAACCCAAGUAUUGGAAACCAAAGUGUCGAUGUUGCUCUACCUAAACCCAAUUACAGGCCCAGCAAAGAUGAUACUGGAUCAUACCAUGGAUCGUCUAUUGGUGAAGAAGUGGCAAGUGCUACACGCUUUAUCGUUGAAAGUUCCACUCUUGGUACAGGAUCUUGCCCAGGUCUCAGAGUAAAUACAUCCGAAGGAGUAGUGGUACUGAGUCACUCGGGACAAAAAACAGAGGGACCCCAACGGAUAAGUGCAAAAAUAAGUCAAAUUCCACAAGCAACAGCAGGUGACAUGGAAUCCCAGCAGCUGGUAUCUAUGCCCCAAAUUAAACAGGAAUUGUACAGUCAUUCUCAGUCAGGCAUUCAAAAGGGGUCUUUGCAGACAGAUCAUGGACAUCCUGGCAAGGCCCAGUCAACAUUUUCUUCUAUUAAACAAGAAGCCACAGUUUUGGACAAAAUGGAACCUACCUAUCAUUCUGGCUCACAAGGAGUAGUGAAGCGUAUUACGCAGGGAGUUGCCAAUCAAGGUAUUAGCGCAAUGUACCAUCAAGAGUACCUGCCUACAAAACAUCAAAAGAAAAUUGACAGUGGUGAUAUACAUACUUCAGAUGGGUCAAAGGCAGCUUGGGCCUCUGCUAUAAGUCCUGCAAUCAGUCCCCAUUUGCCGUCUCCUCCUGGAAACCAUGUAGGCUUUGUUACGACUGCUGGUGACAGAACACCUUCGCAUCUCAGUGGCACCAAACAGGAAGCAAGAUCCCCUCGUAAGUCAAGUCAUCCGCAUUCGCCAUUUACCAAAGUGUCCUCGCCCAUUGGGUCUUCAUCACCCAAGGGCAUACCAGUGAUGUUGCCCACUGGUCUUUCCGCCAUGCAACAGUUUAUCACAGGUGUGCACCAUCCAGAGCAGUCUGUUAUCAUGCCACCCCAUAGUGUGCCUGGAGGCUUGGGACGGAUGUCACCACACCCUGCUACCCAGUCGAUUCCAGUGGGACAUCUCGUCCAGGGAGAUGUUCGGGUCAAUACUCCCCCACUUUCUGUGAUGAGCUACGGGAUACAUAGUGAGUCGCUUACUUCUCCCUGGUCCAAUUCAAUGCAGCAACGUCCGACUUCACCCCAAACCAUUGGUAGAGACAAGGUGCUCAAGGUGAACCCAGGUGCUUUGAGGAGCCAUGACGUGGACCAAGAAGAACCGAGACGCUUCCACCAGCAAGGACGACAACCUGCCUCACAGUUAAAAGCAGAGAUGAUACAGUCAGAUCCUCGGGCAGGCUUCAGAAGUGGUGUGCCAAUGGAAGCGUAUAUGACCCAGAGAGAAAUGCGUGCACUCCUACAUCAACAAGGAGAACGAUCGUCCACUGAUCCUCUUUCAGGUCACCUUCAAGAGAUUCAUCCCCCCUCUUCUGCACCUUCCAAUUUACCAAUGUCAAUGUCUCCAAGGGCACACAUUCUGCCUAAAGGUGUCUCUGAGAAGGACAUAGCAAAGCCAACAGAGGCUAAGAGGCCACACUCGCCCUUGUCCAAAGAAGGAUUAAUGGGGAUUCGGCAGCCAGGACCUACAGUAUCAUCUCCCCAAAGAGUUCCGCACAUGCCACCAGGACUAAGUGGUGCCUUCCCAGAGUACUCUCAGAUGUACACAAAUCCAAGAGGCAUCCAUUCCCAGAUGCCUGAUGCAACGCAUGCAGUUUCCGAUGGGAAAAUUCCACAGCCUGUUAAUAUGAUGCAGUUGCUGACAAAAUAUCCAAUUGUUUGGCAAGGACUGCUUGCGCUAAAAAAUGACACAGCGGCCGUCCAGUUGCAUUUUGUAUGUGGCAACAAAGCUUUGGCUCAUCGAUCACUGCCGCUCCAGGAAGGCGGUGCCUUCCUCAGAAUUGUUCAGAGGAUGAGACUCGAGGCAUCUCAGCUGGAGAGCGUAGCCAGAAGAAUGACGGGAGAGUGUGACUUCUGUCUUCUUCUUGCCUUGCCUUGUGGACGGGAUCAAGAUGAUGUUCUGAGCCAGACCCAAGCUCUUAAGGCUGCCUUUAUAAACUACUUGCAGGCAAAGCUGGCGGCCGGUAUUAUUAAUAUCCCAAAUCCAGGUUCCAGUCAGCCGGCCUACGUGCUGCAGAUUUUUCCACCAUGUGAAUUUUCAGAGAGCCACUUAUCUCAGCUGGCCCCUGACCUUCUGAACAGGAUCUCCAGUAUCUCUCCUCACCUCAUGAUUGUCAUCACCUCUGUGUGA